AUGCCCCCCGCGGGCGAUGACUACGAGCCCACCAUGGGCGCGGUCCAGCUCCUGGUCCAUCGCAGGCUCCGAACCGUCCAGAAACGGGUCGCCAAGAUCGCAAAAGCCGAGGAGAAGCGAUCGGCGGGCGGCGAGAUCGACGACCAGCAAAAGGAGCUCAUCGACGGCAAGCCCCUGACGAUGGCGCUGCUCGAGGAGUUCACCAAGCUGAGCCAGGAGGUCGAGAAGGCGGUGGAGGAGGAUCGUCUCGCGGUCCUGCGCGAGGAGCGCGCCAAGGUGGCGGCCAAGGCUGAGCGCUCCGCGGCGAGGCGAGCCGCCGCGGCGGGCGAUCGCCCCGACGAGGCGACGAAGGCUAACGAAGCCUCCGCCGCGCCUCCCGUCCCACCCGUCGACGGCGGGGCGACGCGAACGACGGGGAAGAAGCCGGGAAGGAGAGGAGGAGGUCGCGAGUCACCCGCGGACGGUGCGGCGCCGCCCGCCCGCGAACCCCUCGCGUCGACCCCCAACCAACCACCACCCGCCGAGAUCCCCCAGGUGGUGGACGCCCCCGCCGCCGCCAAGCCGAGGCGAGAGCGCGGCGGCCGCGGCAAGAACAGACGACGCGAGGGCGACAUCGGCGACGCCGACACCCGGGCGGCGCCUGCCCCGGGACCCGGCGCGGGACCCGGCGGACCCCCGGGCGGUGUCUUCCCAGGACACCAGCAAGGUCCUUUCCAGCAAGGACCCGGCGCCCCCGUGGCGACCGUCGACGGCGUCAGCUUGAGGUUCGGAAGCCUCGGCGUGAACGGCCCACCCGCGGGCCAGUCGAGGCCCCCGGACGGAUCCGUCGCGACGGAGGAGGAGCGGGCGCGGCGACCAGAGACGGUCGCCGCGACUUUGCCAAAACCGCCGGUCCCCGUCGAGAUGACCCCCGCCGAGAUCAACCUCGCCGACUACGGCUUUGACGACGAGUACGGCGCUCCGGACGACCUCGUGGACGACAACGUCUUCCACGUCGCCCCGCACGUCGCCCCACGCUUUGACGACGUCGGCGGGGCGCCUCGAGUCGAUUCGCGUGCGCGGGGCGAUCGGUCGUCGGCGGCGACGGGCGGGCAGCGGCCGGCGGGCACUCGAGCGGCCGGGCACUCGUCUCGGGAGAAGGUCGGCGGCGGCGGCGAACGGAGGGACGCCGGCGGGCGCGGGCGCGGCGGCGAGAGGAGGGACGGCGGCGGGGGUGGCGGGAAUCGCGGCGGCGGAAGGGGAGGGCGCGGCGGGCGGGGUGGGCGGGGGCGACCCGGCGUGGAGUGA